ACUACAAGUCCCAGGCGUCGUAGCGCGGCCGCCGGCAGGGCGGGGGGUACGAAAGAGGAACCUGCGGGGCUAGGCUGACCGGGAGCAGGCAGGACGCUGCUGCUGAAGUCUGUGCUCAGAGCUGAGACACCUGGCAUAGCUGUUUCCACGCUGCAGUUGCCUUCGCCCAGGAAAAGUCACAUUAGAGGGUCAGGUCCAUGAGCUCCAUGUGACCCAGCAGCCCCAGCCGUGCUGAACAGUGACUGCCCUGAAGCCUGAGCCGAUGUCUGCAGCUCUUACCCUGGAGGGGCAGACCCUGCUGUCCUCUAGCUCCCUGGAAUGGCCCUGCAGUGCCUCGCUCUCCUGGCUGGCCUUCUGGUGGGAGUCGCCAGCACAUCCACAGAAAGCAAGGCCCAGCAGCCAGAGUGUUGUGUGGAUGUGGUGGACAUCAAUGCUACCUGCCCCGGCACAAACCUGUGUGGCCCAGGCUGCUAUAGGCAUUGGAAUGCAGAUGGGAGCAUCAGCUGUGUGCGGUGCAGGAAUGAGACCUUCCCAGCCUACAAUGCCUCGGAGUGCAGAAGCUUCACUGGCCGGGGUACUCAGUUUCCCAUGAACAGGAGCACAGGGACUUCUGGCCGGCCACAUUUUGGAGCUCCGCAAGUGGCUAUCUCCCUCUUCCUGGGAACAUUCUUCAUCAGCAUGGGGCUCAUCCUCUCUGUGGCGGGGUUCUUUUAUCUCAAGCGCUCCAGUAAGCUUCCCAGGAUCUUCUACAGGAGUGAUAAAGCACCAGCCCUGCAGCCCAGCGAAGCCGCUGUGAUGAUCCCUGCGGCCCAGUCCUCAGUGCGAAAGCCUAGAUAUGUGAGGCGUGAAAGGCCCCCAGACAGGGCCCUGGACACCUCUGCCUUCUCUGCGGUGGAUGCCCGCAUCAGCAAUGUCUGACUCAGAGGCCAGCUGAGACCCCACCUCCCUGUACCCUGGAGCCUGGGGCUGCCUGGAUGAGCUAGCAGAGGACCGCGUCACCUGGGGCCUGGGACAGGCCAAGUGUGGCUCCCACUGACCAGCUGAGCAGUCCUUUUGUCCCUCGCAUGCUGAUCAGCUAACGAACCAGGCACUUGGAAGCAAAGGGGUAGGGUACAAGCCUUCAGGAGACAGCCAAAAUUCAGGACCAGCUUGGCCUGCAGGUGCCCCUCAGAAGGGUGGGGAGGCCCCUGCCUUGAGCCUGUGACAGGCAGGGCUCUUACACCCGAGCCAAGGAGCCUCACAAACCCCUCUAAGGGGAGUGAAGCCAAGGCUCAGCCAUCAGGGAAGACAUGGUCCCCUGGGGCUGAGGCACCUCAGAGUGAACUGCCCCAUGGUGGCCCAGACUGCACACCAGGGCUGCUUGUCUCCAGGUGUUCCCUAGCUUUGCGUUGGCAUCUCAUUGUUGAACAGAAGAGGCCAAGGUGCUGCUAUACUCAGCCCGGGUCUUCAGCCCAGGCUGGGCAGACCGUCAUUCACAGGGGAAGACUGUAGCCAGCACAGACAUUCAUGUUGGGUACCCACAAUGAUGUGUCCAUCCAUGGGCUCCACCCCUGAAGCCAUAGGUUACUGGCCUCACUGGGCUGCCAAGGGUGUGUCAGCUGGUGGCCCUUGUCCAGUGCCACUGGAUGUGGGUUGCUAUGGAGGACGUUUCUUGGCGGCUACCUCCUUUGUGCUGGGCUUAGUGCAUGGUCUGGCCCAGAACUUGAAGUAUCCAACACUGUGUCCUUCAGUGUCUGGCUCACACUGGAGGGAUCUGACCCUGUGGCACCAUGAUGCACAUUUGGAGUUUACUUUUCAUCGACACUGACAGGAGCUUGCUUGGGGACUUGAGCUGACAGCUUCUUCCACAGCGAGGGUGAGGGCCACCCAUGUCAAGUCUGAUCAAGUAAACUCUUUGGAGCUUCUCUCUUGGUCUUCCUUACCAUCUCAAGGGUCAUCUGUUCCCUGCAUGUGAGAGGUGCCACCCCUAUCUAGGCCUAGGCCACCCUCCCCACCACCAUGUGCAAGGGACCAAGGAUAGGGAGGGGUGGGGAAGAACCCCUUUGUGCCUGGCCGGGAAUCUGAAAGCAGAAACCUCAGCUCAACUCACCUCAAGUGCAUGCUUGGCCAUGACCUGUUCCCCAGGUGCAGCCCCCUCACCUUUCAGGAUGUUCCAAGUGAGGGGCUUGCCUUGGCUGCCUCUUUGCAUGGCAAGCCCACCCCAUGAUGAAAGAAGGGAAGAAUGUGGUUGCCUCCUCCAAACUGCUCCAACUGCUCAGACCUGGCAGGGGUGUGUGGGCACCUCACAACCCAGAGCCCCUGGGAGGAGGCUACAGUAGUCACCUUUGGUCACUGUGUUCUGGCCAUCCACACCUAACACAGCACUCUCCAAACCUGUGAAAGGAUGGCUCUUUGGAGAGGCCUGGGGGCAUGAGGACAUUUCCUGACCGAGGAGGGCAGAGCACCUGGGAUACUGAGUCCUGUCCCUGUUUGUCACUGACCUGGGCCUCUAUCUCGGUACCUCAGACACCUACUAUCGGACUCUGGACCCUGGCCUGUGCUUCUAACCCCAGCCUGGAUACCAGAGAAGCACCAGGGAGCAGGACCCCUGCCAGAGCAUGGGGAGAAGCUUCAGACCUGGCCCUUCUGUCCUGGGGGCUGAGGACACUGCCCUUGAGACAUGAGAGGCAGCAGGGACCUGGGAAGGAGUCAGCCCCAUAUACCUCUUCUCUACACUUAGGUUGCCCAUGGGUCACACCAUCCUGAGCUGACCUGGCUGUUCUGCCCAAGCCAGAUGAAGGAUUUUGAGGUGGGGAAGGGGUCUCCAGACAUUUCUGAUAGGCCGGAGGCAGAGAAGGCAGCGUGGGGCACAGCCAGGGCUCCUUCCCCUGUCUCCCUGAGUGGCCCUGCACAAGCCCUUCUUCCCAGGCUGUGCUGGAGCCUCUCCCCUUUUAACCUGUGGUUUAAAUUGGAAACUAAGGUUUGGUCCAGUCCCUCCAGGUCCCUCCACAUUGGCUUUACUGGCACUAGGAGACACCUAGAGCUGACAGGGUAGGGGGCAGCAAGGAAGGACCCACAGCAGCACUCUGAGUGGUCUCAGGGUAGCUUGGGACAACUGGUACAGGGCAGGCCCAGCAGCUGGGUUGAGGCCUGUGGUGACCUUAUGCUCACUGCUGGUUGCAGGAGGGAUUCAAAGGGUAGAAGUCAGGCCAGGGCCAGCCCCAUGGGCACCUCUAACCCAAGAGGUCUGCAGGGAGGAAUCCCAGGCCUGAGCCAUAGGAACAGAUACACCUCCCAUAUUGAUGACUGGACCGCAGACUGUCCAGUUCUGAGCUGGUGGGGUUGGACCCUGAUGAGCCUGGCUCUGGGGGGCCUCACUGCCUGGCUACACCCAGGCAGGGCAUCAUCAGGACUAAGGCCCUGGUGGCAGGAGGGUUACGGCCAGGGUGGGCUCUGGUGAGAGCUGAUCCCCUCCUGGGCUCAGCUGCCCAGGACAGCUCAAUGUCCGGCCCAUAUCUGGUGCACAUCUGUGCAGACUUUGUCCAGGGAUCACUAUGGCUGGGGGUGGUGGUCAGGUCCCUGUGCGUGCAUUGGCACCCACAUGCCUCCCACAGGCACACUGCUUGCUGUGCUGUACUGGUGUGGGGGGCACAGGCCUACACAGUAUCACUCAGCUCCUGUUGUUACUUCUCUGCUUCCUGCUGGCCAGGGUGGGGACCAGGUGGGCCCAGCUACUGCCCUAGACACCUGUGCUGCUGGUCUGAGCUUCUCAGGGCCUGCCCCACACAUUCUCAGGCCUCACUGUCACCUGGCCUCUGGGCACUGCCUGUCCUCUGAGGAGCCCCAGUGACCUCAGAGCUUCGAUGUUCCCAGAAGCCCUCAGAAGGAUGUUCCUGAGCAGCCAGGACUCAGGGUGGGUCCUGGGCAGCAUGUGACAGAGUCAUGAGCUGCACAGACUCACUCCUGGGGAUGUUCUCACAGCAGGUCUCCAGGAUCCCAUGUCCUCAGCAACCCUGUACCUUCCUCCCUCCCUAGAUACCACACCUCUCCCUGGACUCCUUCCUGUGGUUUCCCUGUCAUGGACUAGCUGAGGAGUCUCAGGCCCUUCCUGAGCUCAGGUCUGCCUCUAAUAGCACCUUCAUCCCCUUAGCCCUCCAUAACCUGGCCCUCUGGGACUUGGCUUUAGUACCAGGAUGCAGAAAGCCAUACUGUGGGGGCCUUAGGUCCAGGCCACUGAGGUGACAGUGGGCCCCCAGGUAGGUGGGUAUGACAGCUGUGGGUCCAGAGCACAGCUCUCAGCAGCGAGGUCCACAGGCACCAAGUCCAGCUCACUCUGCUGAGAUCCACUGUGCUGGGCCAGGGUGAAGAAGCCUAACCCUAACUGUUCCCUAACCCUGCUGGAGAACAGUGUCCCUGUAGCCUGGAGACCUCACCCUGACCUCACCCUUGAGGCCACUGCUCAGGCCCAGCCCAGCUCUGACCUCUCAAACCUACUUCCUGGACCCCAGAGCAGGAAGUUCCACAAAGGCUAUGGAACUGGAGCAUGUGUGUGGAGAACAUGUUGGGAGGUGGGAGAGGGGGUGCAGGAAGGACAUGGGUGGUACAAGUGGACAGGGCAGCCAUCCGGGCUAGGGCCCACUCCAAAGUCAGUGCCCAUCUGAAAUGGGCCAAAUCCUCUUCCCAGGGAUAGGGGCUUUGUUCAUCUACUGUCCACCUUCCAAACUCCAUGCUGCAGAGGCCUGUGAUGCCUCAGGCCAUGCAGCUCUGACCCUCACCUGCUCUCCUCCCCACCCAUGCCUGGCCUGCUGGGGAGGGCAGGAGGCCAGCCAAUCCCUGGGCCCUGGCCACACCCUGGGUUGGUAUGACCUGGAGGGUAUAAAUACACCUGCCUGAAGUUGACAGCCUGAGAAACCAUAGCAGCCUGCAACAGAGCUUGGGACUAGACCUAGUACAUCCCCACACUGCUGAGGGUGUGCCUGCUAGGCUGGUGAUACAAGACAGCUGCUGGACACUGGCCUGUGAACAGACACCUACCAGGUGGAGCGGAGAACGGGGCUGAGGAGAGAAAUUACGCUUUUGGAGCUGCAGAGCCUAGAGGCUCAGAGCCCUUCUGUGGCUGGCAGAGAAGACCAUGCCCAGGAGCCGCUGACCCU